GAGGAGGCGCAGGCAGCCUGCUGGGGGUCUCCAAGCCACCUUCCCCCUUCUCCUAGAUCCGCAUGUCCGACCAGAGCAGCAGCGAAGAUGGGGAGUCCGACUCCCAGCACAGCCUGUACAUGGUCUUCCUCCUUGUCUUGGUCUUCUUCAUCAUGGGGCUGGUAGGGUUCCUCAUCUGCCAUGUCCUGAAGAAGAAGGGCUACCGGUGCAGGACGUUCCGGGAUGAACUCGACCCAGAUAACAAGGACGUGCUGGCAGAACUCCAGGCCAAUGAAGAGGAGGAGCUGAACGAGGAUACCGUGGAGAAGAUCGUGAGAUGCAUCAUCCAGAAUGAAGCAAAUGCAGAAGCCCUCAAGGAGAUGCUGGGGGACAAUGACGGGGACAUCGCAGUGCCAAUGCCCAGCCUUUGUCCCCACCGUAACAGCCAGGAUGGAGGGCCCCCUCACCACCAUACAGUGCACCUGGGCUCCACGCAAGCCCCCUGCAUCCACUGCAGCAAAAGGAGGAGGCACCCACUGCACCGCCAGGGCCGGUCCAAGGAUGGCAAAGGCCGGAUGCACCCUGGAGAGACCACUGUCUUCUCAGUGGGCAGGUUCCGUGUCACGCACAUCGGGAAGAAGCCGGCUUUCCAUGAGCAGCAGGACGGUGCCCAGCCUGAUGGCAGCAAGGAGCCAAGCACGGAGGAGCUGGAGCACAGCAGUGAGCGGUUCCAACGAGAGCAGGCUCGCAAUGGGACUGUCCCCACGGGUAGCCUGGAGAAUGGGGCUGUGCAGGAGGGGACACAGGGUGGCAAGGGCACAGAGCAGAGCCGCACCGGCACCCCAGUGCCUGGCACUGCAGUGGGCAGCUCUCCUGGGAGCACCAGUCGGCAGCGGAGGCUGCUGAGCCGCCGGGUUCUGGGAGGGUCGAGUCCCAGCAUCCCAGGUCAGCUGGGGCAGGAGGAGGCCGGACUGGGGUCAGCAGAUGAGGUGUCGGAUAUUCACGGGAGCCUGAGCCUACACGAAGUGCCGGAUGAGAUGGGGAGAGAAGACAGCAGCAGGAGGCAGCCCGGAGAAGAGAACAUGGGCCAGCAGGAGCCCAGCGCUGUGGUGCACGACCGAGGAGCCACUGUGUGAUGUGAGUGCUCGUCUCCAGUCUUGGGGCCACAUCCAGGGGUGGGCAGGGGGGAAGCCACGGGCAGUGGGUCACAGCCCACCCUACCAGCUUUUGUCUGCGGACAACCCCUAUAGUUCUCUCAAGGGGUACCCAGGAUCAGGAGAUGCGGAUGGAAUGAGGCUGCUCCAGAUGCACCAUAGCCAAGCACCGUCCUGCUCUCCUCCCUCUCUAUCCCCACAGCUCCUCUCCACUCCUGGCCCUGGUGGCUGACAGCAGGCACAGCGCCCCUGGCCCCACACAGGGCUGGAGGCUCAGCUGUGGGGGGCAGCUGGCCCCGGCCCCAACCUGGGCGAGCAACUUGGCAUGGCCAGAGCGACGCACGGACAUUACAGACCUCAUCCCAUCAGCAAUAGUUACCCAACUCCCCCCACUGCACCCACCACCCCGCUGCUGCCCAUGCCCCGCACCCCAAGGAAGGAUGCUACAGGGAUGGGCAGGGGCACCGCCUUGAGCCCCCCAACCCUGAAUUCACCGCAGAUCACAGCCCCGGCGGUGCCACCGAGCACCAGCACAAUGCCCGUGGUGCCAAUAGGAAG